AUGCACACGGGUGUUGCACAUCAGCCGCAAGAGGUAGCCGGCUUCAACGCCCAACCGACACACAAUAUACCAAAUAGAAAAAUACUGUCGCGCCGUCGCUGGAGUCGGAAAGCAGGACCUCUAGUGCUAUACGGCAAGCUAUUUCGAUUCAAUGUCACCUGUGCGGCAGGUCACGGUGUGCAGUCGGUCGCCCGCAAAGAUCCGCGACGGCAAAACGGAGAACGGAAAAAGGAGUAUAUCCAGUAG